CGCUCAUAUAGGGCGCAGCCGGCGGAACGUGGGUUGCUGUGCCUGGGCAGAGCUUGGGAGGCAGGCGGCGAGAUGAGCCGGGCGCCAGCGUUCCUGAGCGCGGCCGAUGUCCAGGACCACCUCCGCAGCUCCAGCCUCCUCAUCCCGCCUCUGGAGACGGCCCUGGCCAACUUCUCCAGCGGCCCCGACGGAGGGGUCAUGCAGCCCGUGCGCACCGUGGUGCCGGUGGCCAAGCACAGGGGCUUCCUGGGGGUCAUGCCCGCCUACAGUGCCGCAGAAGAUGCCCUGACCACCAAAUUGGUCACCUUCUACGAGGGCCACAGCACCGCCUCCACCACCCCCUCCCACCAGGCUACUGUGCUACUCUUUGAGCCGAGCAAUGGCACCCUGCUGGCGGUCAUGGACGGUAAUGUCAUAACUGCAAAGAGAACAGCUGCAGUAUCUGCCAUUGCCACCAAGUUUUUGAAACCUCCCCACAGUGAAGUGCUGUGCAUCCUUGGGGCUGGGGUCCAGGCCUACAGCCAUUAUGAAGUCUUCACAGAGCAGUUUUCCUUUAAGGAGGUUAGGAUAUGGAACCGCACCAGGGAAAAUGCAGAGAAGUUUGCGGACACAGUGCAAGGAGAGGUGCGGGUCUGUUCAUCGGUCCAGGAGGCUGUGACAGGUGCAGAUGUCAUCGUUACAGUCACCUUGGCAACAGAGCCCAUUUUGUUUGGUGAAUGGGUGAAGCCAGGGGUUCAUAUCAAUGCCGUUGGAGCCAGCAGACCUGACUGGAGAGAACUGGAUGACGAGCUCAUGAAGCAAGCUGUGCUGUACGUGGAUUCCCAGGAGGCUGCCCUGAAGGAGUCUGGAGAUGUCCUGUUGUCAGGGGCAGAGAUCUUUGCUGAGCUGGGAGAAGUGAUUAAGGGAGUGAAGCCAGCCCACUGUGAGAAGACCACCGUGUUCAAGUCUUUGGGAAUGGCAGUGGAGGACACAGUUGCAGCCAAACUAGUUUAUGAUUCCUGGUCAUCUGAUAAAUAAAACAAAGGAAAUUUGUGUUGUGAUGGAUGCUUACGGAAUGGUACCACUGGUUGUCUCAUGAUUUCUAGAUCAAAUGAGGGAGCCUGGCCCCUAGUGAACUAUAGUUUUGUGCUUAUCAUGUCUUACCUUAAGUUCUGAGAUUCCCAUUCAUGUUUGUAGUUGGAAAGCAAAAGUAGAUAACCAUUUCUUCUUGUUUGCCAGAUUAUGGUGGUAGCAUUCCUUUCCCUUUGUAUUUCCCUGAAAUAAAGCAUUUUUCAAUUCUGCA